UUUUAUUUUUGUAUCACAAAAACACUAUCAGAAAGGUAUUCAUACUGUUAAUAAUUAUCCUCCACAUAAUCAAAGAAAAACAAUCAUUUCUAAUUUAUCUGAUGUUCUAGCCGUGUUACGUUUGCAAUUAAAACAAUAUUUAAGUUAAACUAGUAGUGUAGUCCACCUAAAUGCCCGUCACUGGCGUCAGCGAGUCUUUUGAAGAUUUAUUUUAGUAUGACAGACUCAUGACAGCGGAACAAGAAUACAUAAGAAAUGUCAAAAUAAUGAAAAAGAGUAUCCCUGAUCGCUCAUUAUUGUAGCUAGGUUCUCCUGUCACCGAGUCCAGUUGUGCUUGAACCAUACAUGUGAUAAUUUUUUGGGUCGAUUCCGGGACACUUGUCGUAAUGUCAACGUACACUAGGGGGUCCGGGGGCAUGCCCCCCCCUGAAUUUUUUUUAAAUGGGGAACGUCUGUGGUGCAUUCUAGAGCAUACCUGGGGCUAUUUUAGUUGUUUUUAACGUCAAGAAAAUGUACCUAUUUUGACUGCCAAGACGUAUAAGUUUGUUUUUUCUGCAUUUUCUUGAAAAAAUAAAACCACCAGAUAUUCUCCCAGGCUUUAAAUGAAGUGCUAACCAGGAGGAUAUGCAGUCUACUUUCGGUUUCAUCAAAACAGGAAAUAAACAACUACAGGCACAGGCACCUGUUUUUGAGAACAUGCGACGUGUCUGUCACGUGAGGAGAAAGACCCGCGGUUUCUGCAGGGCGUGAUAUUUGUGGGUUUGAACAAGAACAUCGACUGAAGGAUUUCAAUUUUAUUGCGUUUUAUAAUCAUACCAGCAUGAAUUAAUAAAAAUGAAUACAAUAGAUUUUCUAUGUGUAAUAAGUAUUUCAAUAUACACAACGAUAGUUCGAAAAAACAGUUCAAAACACUAAAAUUCCUUAUAGACGCGUAAGUUGUUUAAAGUUAUUUAAAGUAUAACGAUGUAUCGACUUUGAAAUUUGAAUGCAAUAUGGGAUGUUUUCCGUGUUUUAAUUUUGUUUUUUUACUCAUUUUGUCACUUUCUUUGAACUUACCAUCAUGCUCGUUUGUCGGUUAAAUGUGUGAAAAAUAUCAAUUCAUCAAUUAAAAGCUAUCAUUCAUAAAACCAAACAAAUCCAUAUGAAAACAAUGAAUUUGUAUACAAGAACCCUCCCCGACUCGUUAAGCACAACAAUAGGCCAAUAGAUCAAUUAUCGGGUGAUUGACGAUGACCUCAACGACACAUGUACCAAUUAACGAAUUAGUGUCAACAUGUCCUGUGUUUUACGACCAGUGUCCCGGACAGGCAAAAUAGCUGACUUACAUUGGUAAAAUUAAGAUAAUCGAUUCCAAGAUUUUUUUUUCCGUUUUUUUUUAUGACUUUCCGGGACAAACAUGCACCCUCCGUGACUCCGUGACAGAGAUACGAUUUCCGGGAUAAUCCCGGACGUCCGGGACGUUAUCACAUGUAUGGCUUGAACCCACGAAGCAAGAACGGUCUGAACACCUCAGUGGCACCUAUCUGUCUGUAUAUAUAUGACACAGGACCAAUUCUGGCAUAAGGCGUCGGUGAAACUGGUAGCACUUGCCAGCUUGGUAUUCACAUAUUGCUAAAACAUCACUUGAUAGACUGUGACAUCAUGGAUCCAUUCAACACUCUGGGUCGCCAUGGAGUUCCUGCCCCGCCACACUCAAGGGAAGAUAACCAGCCCCUUUUUCCAUCUGUCCCUGGAAGACAUCCGACCUGGUCAUCUGCGGAAGAAAACAAAAUGCAAUGUUAUGGAAAUCAGAAAUAUAAUACUUUGAAUACUUUGCCUUCUUUUGAUCAGUCAAAUAUAUUUCACCAGGACUCAAUUUGCAAGGAGCAUGAUAACUGUAACAUACAAGCUACUCAAAGCAGUGCCAUUCAAGAUAUUUCCUCUGCUAAAACAUGUGCUAUUGCAGUACCAGAUAGCGGAAAGAAGAUUAACAUGCCUCUAAAUUCAGGCCAGUCCUUACCAUCUGAAGCUCUGGUUGAAGACAAUGAAACUCAAGCUGAAAAUGUUGGGAAAGCUGGGAAGUCUGAUACUGGUAAAAUUAAUGACAAAUCUAAAGGUGAUGUUAAAAAAAGUGAGGCUGAUUCUGUGAACAGAGACAAAGGUGUUGGAAAUGAUGAUAUUGGUAGUGAUUUGGAUGAUGAUGAACUCUCAGAUGCUAGUACCAUAGUUGAUGAAAAAUAUGAUAAUCCAGUUUCUGAGGACAAAGAUGUAAAAAAGAAGUGCAAAAGAUCUGGAAGAAAGGAAACCAAAGGAAAGAGAAAAGAAAAUCCCACUGGGAAGAAAUAUUAUGAGAAACAGGAUGUCACUUGUGAGGAAUGUGGGAAAAUUCUUCAUUCUCUGCGAGCUCUAGACAGACAUAAAAACUUACACACUGGAGUUUACAAGUGUGAGAAAUGUGACAAGGUGUGCAACUCUGAGUCUUCAUUGAAGAGCCACUCCAGAGUCCAUGAUGGUUAUGAAGGCGAUCAGGUUUGCAAUGUGUGUGGCAAGAACUUCUACGACAAGAGCUCUCUCAACAAGCACACCCUGUCAGUGCACAUGGGCAUCAAGAACUUCCACUGCCGGUUCUGCAGCCAGUCGUUCUACGCCCGAAAGACAUAUGAGGAACACGAGCGGGUACACACCGGUGAACGGCCAUUCAAGUGUAAUGAAUGCCCUAAGUCAUACAAACGAAUCAGUGACCUCAACCACCAUAUACGCCUUCACAGGGGUGAGGUAAAGCACACAUGUGAGCAGUGUGGCGACGGUUUCCGGAGGAUAUCUGAGCUGAAUCGACACAAGUUGAAACACAGCUCUGACAAUCCAGACUUGAACCCACAUGGCAAGGUACACAAGUGUGAGUAUUGUGCCAUCAUUUUCAGCACCAAAAAGGCACUCACUGCCCACACAAACACACAUAUAGAGACAACUGCUGAAGCCUUGGUAUGGGCUAAGCCUAAGACAGAAAAAGAGAUGGUGGAUGAUAUUGUCCAAGAGCUGGGUACCGGCUUCUUCCCCCCUGUGUCCGAAUACAGCCAGGCCCAGGACCUCACUGUAAGGAACAACGAAUCAUUUCUAAUGCAAGGACGCCACAAUAACCUCCCCUUGUUUCCCAGGAACUUGUACGAUAUACCACCAGUGCAACAUACAUUAACUACUACAGCUAUAACAGACAUAGAUGAUUGUAUGCCUGGUGGCAGGGAAAGUUCAAGUUCUAGCAACUCUAAAAGCAUGCAGUUUGAAACUAGUUUUCAUACAGAUGUGGGUCAAAGCCAUAAAUCUGAUUUUACAAUGACCAAACAUUUCACAGAUUAUCAACAAGUUAAAAAAUCAUCACCGACUGAAAGUGUUGAUUCUAGCAAAGCUAUUACUGAAGAUAUUGAUUUAAGUAUAGUAAAGACUGAGAAGAUGGAUGAUAUGGAGAAAGACACAGACCUUGCAGUUGUAAGCAAUGAGGAGAGAGUUGACUGGUUUAGUGACCAAGACAAUGUUGUUCCAGAUGAGGAUGAUGUGAAACAAAAAAUAGAAAUGUUGGCCGAUGAGGUCAAUGAAUAUGGUGGUGACACAGAUGUGGAAGAUUAUAACUGCACACUGUCGAAGAAGGAUAGCACUUUAGAACCAGAUGCUGACACAAAUGAUGAAGAGUGGACAAUGAGGAUUAAAAAGGUCAAGAAAUCAAACAAAGGUCUCUCUAAGUAUAUGGUGAAAGAAAAAGCAAAAACUGGUGUGAAAAGAAAACGGGUGGUAAUAAAGACAAUUAAGACCAAUGACAAGGGUGAAAAAGAUGGAGAAACAAAGCAUGUUGUAGAUAUUGUGCUAAAGAAGAAAAUAAAGGAUAAAAGCAACAUAGAGACGAGUAUAUGUGAGGUAUGUGGCAAGGUUUUCCUGUCAAAGAUUGCCAUGAAGAAGCACAUGCACCUUCACAAAGGGACCUUUACAUGCGGACUGUGUAGCAAGUCAUUCACAACACAAGCAUCACUGACCACCCAUAUGGAUGUGCACGAGGGACGCAAGGAAUACACAGCAACAUGUAAUGUCUGUGAUCGCAAGUUCUACGACUACAGUUCCCUACACAAACACGUAAAGUCUGUGCACAUGGGCUACCGCCCAUUCCCGUGCCCGCACUGUGAACGCAGGUUUCCUGAGCGUAAAGGCCUUGCAGAACACAUUCGCGUACACACGGGUGAGAGACCAUUCAAGUGCACGGACUGUGACAGGGCAUUCAAGCGGAAGAGUGAGCUGAACUUUCACGUGAGGAAGGCCCAUACCAACGAGCAGAAAUACUUCUGUUCCUUCUGUGGCAAAGGGUUUCUGCGGCUGGCGCUGUUGCGCAUGCACGUAGAGGACCGUCACGGGAGUCAUGAUCACCGGUGUAAAAUGUGCCGGAAGAACUUCCAGAACGAGGUUCAGCUCCAGGACCACCGUCUCCGCAAACACCCACACACCCCAGCCCAGCGUAAAAUCUGUGACAAGUGUGGCCACUCCUUCUACAACACAAACAAGCUCAAUCGUCACCUGAAGAGCAAGACAAACUGUGCGGAGAACUCCUACUACUCAUGCGGGGUGUACUCCUGCAGGAUCUGCAUGGCCAAGUUUGACAACGAGGAUGAUCGUAGCAGUCACCUGAAGGAGCAGCACCCGGAGGAGAUAAAGAAGAAGAGCUACCCAUGUAAUGUUUGUGGAAAGACUCUGGGUCGCAGCCAGGCGUUGAAACUACACAUGAAGAUCCACUACCAGAUCCGGGACUACCAGUGCUCCAUGUGCUCUUCGACGUUCGUACAGAAGCACCAUCUCCUGCAGCAUAUGCGCACGCACACCGGGGAGAAACCGUACCAGUGCCACAUCUGCCUGCGCUCCUUCGCACAGAGUGCAACACUCUACAGCCAUAUGAAGCAUCAUGAUGAGAAACUCCCAAAACUGCCUUCAGAUAAUGUAACAUGAUCUUAAGAAACGCCAAAAACUGCCAUUCAGAUAAUGUUACAUGAUCUUGAGAAACUCACAAAACUGCCUUCAGAUAAUGUUACAGGAUCUUGAGAAACUCCCAAAAAUGCCCUUUAGAUAAUGUUACAGGAUCUUGAGAAACUCACAAAACUGCCUUCAGAUAAUGUUACAUGAUCUUGAGAAACUCCCAAAACUGCCCUUCAGAUAAUGUUACAUGAUCUUGAGAACUCCCCUUCAGAUAAUUGUACAUGAUCUUGAGAAACUCCUAAAACUGCCCUUCAGAUAAUGUUACAUGAUCUUGAGAAACUCGCAAAACUGCCCUUCAGAUAAUGUUACAUGAUCUUGAGAAACUCCCAAAACUGCCCUUCAGAUAAUGUUAUAUGAUCAUGAGAAACUCCCAAAACUGCCCUUCAGAUAAUGUUACAUGACCUUGAGAAACUCCUAAAACUGCCCUUCAGAUAAUGUUUCAUGAUCUUGAGAAACUCCCUAAACUGCCUUCAGAUAAUGUUAUUUGAACUUAAAACCAUUUUUUAAAUAAUCAUAUUUUUGCAAGCAGUUCCGUUAUAUCACCUCAUGAACAUACCAGCAGUUCUUAAUAAUUAGGUUAUUUUUUUAAAUUUGUUUGCCAAUUAUAUUAAACAAUUCGAGCUUAUUAAUUUUUAGCUUGACUAUUCGAAGAAAAGGUGGGCUAUACUACUCGCCCCAGCGUCGGCGUCCUGUUUAAGUUUUAGGGCAAGUUGGGAUUUUCACUUAUAAGUCCAAUACCUUUCAUUCAAUUGACUUAAUACUUCACACAGUUGUUUAGGGCCAUCACAUGGUGAGGUUAAAUAACUCCAUAUUAUUCUUUACACAGAUUAUGGCCCCUGAUUGACAAUGGAACUUAGGUUAAAGUUUUAGGGCAGGUUUGGACAUUUAUUAUCCCCCGCCUAUGAAAUAGGGAGGGGGAUAUUGAAAUGGCGUUGUCCUUCCGUCCGUCCGUCUUUCCUUCCGUCCGUCCGUCUUUCCUUCCGUCCGUCCGUCCGUCCGUCACCUGCGUUUUCUCAGUAACUAGCAGGUAGAAUUUCAUGAAACUUAAAACAAAUAUGAACCACUAUACUGGAAUGAUGCCCGUCCAAAAAAAAAUUCGAUUGGUCAAUUGUCCUUGGAGUUAUUGCCCUUGAUUUUUUGAAAAAUGCACAUUCACAGCCAUUUCUCAGUCACUAGCUGGCAGAAUUUCAUGAAACUUAAAAUAAAUAUGAAUUACUAUACUGGGAUGAUGCCUGUUCAUUUUUUUUUUGGAUUGGUCAAUUGUACUUGAGUUAUUGCCCUUGAUAUUUUGAAAAACUCUCAUUUACAACCAUUUCUCAGUAACUAGUUGGUAGAAAUUCUUGAAACUUGAAAUAAAUAUGAACCAACAUACUGCGAUGAUGCCUGUUUAUUUAUAUUUUGGAUUGUGUAAUUUCUAUAUGAGUUAUUUGCCCUUGAUUUAUUAAAAGAUCCAUGUUUGCAGCCUUUUCUAUGCAACUAGCUGGUAGAAUUUCAUGACACUUGGAAUAAAUAAGAACCAACAUACUGUGAUGAUGCCUGUCUAUUUUUCUUUUGGAUUGGUCAAUUUUCCUUAGAGUUAUUGCCCUUGAUUUAUUAAAAAAAUCAUUGUUUGCAGCCAUUUCUCAGUAACUAGCUGCUAGAAUUUAAUGAAACUUGAAUGUUAUAUGAACCAACAUCCUGCAAUGAAAAACAAGCCAUCAAGCACAAACAAGCCAUCGUUGGCGGGGGAUAUCUUUUCACUGAAAAUGCUUGUUAAUAACUUCUAUUCCCCUUGUUCAAUUGACUUAAUACUUUACACAGUUGUUCAGGACCAUCACACAAUGAGGGUACAUAACUCCAUAUUAUCCUUAAUACAAGUUAUGGCCCCUGAUUGACUCAGGUUAAAGUUUUAGGGCAGGUUAAAGUUUUAGGGCAAGUUGGGAUUUUCACUUAAAACUCCAAUACCAUUCAUUCAAUUGGCUUCAUACCUCACAAUUGUUCAGAGCCACCACAUAAUGAGGUUAGAUAACUCUAUAUUAUCUUUUAUACAAAUUAUGGCCCCUGAUUGACUAUGGAACUUAGGUUAAAGUUUUAGGGCAGGUUGGGAUAUUAAUUAAUAACUUCUAUACUCUUCAUUCAAUUGACUUAAUACUUCACACAAUUGUUCAGGACCAUCACCCAAUAAAGUUACAAAACUCCAUAUCCUUAAUACAAGUUAUGGCCCCUGAUUGACUUAGGUUAAAGUUUUAGGCAAGUAAAAGUUAAGGGCAAGUUGGCAUUUUGAUAAAAAGAACUUCUAUACCAUUCAUUCAAUGCUCUUAAUGAAAUUCAAAAUUAUUAACGACCAUAUUAGAACAAGAAACAUAACUCCAUUUUAACCCUAAAUACAAAUUAUGGCCCUUGAUUUUUUUGAUUUUUUUUUUAAAUUUCUUUUGAAAAGCAUAUUUGUAUAUUCUUGACCACACUUUCAUAAUGGGAAAUUAAGUUAUUUGAAUGACUUGCAUCAUUGUUCGGGAAGGCUGGUGGGAAGGCAGCAUCAAAAUCACCUAAUGUAUCGAAUAAUUUUAGUUAGGUUUGACAUAAAGAACCAAACUUGGUAAUAUUACAUUGUUAUUUUAUUCACUUCUAAGUCAAAGCGUUGUAGUUGAGUGCGCUGUCUUAUGACGGCUCUUGUUCUUAAAAACACUUGAAGUUAAUAAUUUAUACAUGAAGCCUGCCUACAUAUCACUUAAAAUAUUGUUGUACAACUCUUUAGUCUUUAAACUGGUGUAAUAAUUCAUUAACUAUAUUCGGUAUUUAAAAUACUGUAUUUAAAUUCAAAUCAAUGUUUUAAUCAAUUUUUAUGUUUUAUCAAUUUUGAAAAUGAUGGUUUGCCUGUAUCUAGUCAUGAAAAAGAGUUUGUAUUAUUGUUGUCACCUGUGAUAUAUUGUCAGUUUUCUUUUUUGUCAGAAAUCAUUCAUGUGUCUUAGAAGGGAGUUGGCUGUUGUUUUUAAUGAGAAAUUCUUUUCUUAUAUGGCAUAGAUUUUAUUUUCCUAAAUACCAAGAUUUUUUUAAUGUUUUACUCCAUAUUUUGAAAAAAAUACAGAUGGAAAUUAUGAACCAGUAUUUAUUACAAGUUUAAAACUAGAACAUAAAACUUAUGAAAUAAGUAGUGAAGCAUAUAAUGUUUUCAAAUAGGAUCAAGUCAAUGCAUAACAAUAAUAUGUUACAAAAUUAAUGACGUGGCUUAGACUUCUGAGAGUUGUUUAAGAAUGUUUAACUUCACAUUUAUUUGGAAGACGUGUUAUGAGAAUACAAAUGAAAUUACAAAAUUACAAAAAUUGGUAACAGAAUGAUUAAGAUGUCAUUAUGAAAACUGUAAACAGUUAGGUUUUGUUCAGAUGAAUUGAUGCCAUACUGUAGAAUUGACUGUAGCAUAUAAAAUGGUACCAUUAUAAGAGAGCAUAAAUAUAUAUUUUAUAAGAUAAGUGUUUUUACAUGUAUUAUACAUUCAUGUUUGUUACUUAUGUUUAUUGCAUUAUUUAUUCAGUGUCUCACAUGUGUUUUUGUAAGCACUUUGAGACAUAAUUUUGUAGGAAUUUUUUCACAAAAUGAAAUGAAUUAUUUAAAAAAAAAUGAAAAUAAUGAUUUAUACCAGAGCUUCAUCUUUAUUUUAAGCAUGAAAGCACAGACAUCACAAAUUUACCCAACUUUUAUGUACAACAAAGCCAAUAUAUGGCAAAUUUACCCAACUUUUAUGUACAACAAAGCCAAAAUAUGGCAAAUUUACCCAACUUUUAUGUACAACAAAGCCAAAAUAUGGCAAAUUUACUUAACUUUUAUGUACAACAAAGCCAAAAUAUGGCAAAUUUACUUAACUUUUAUGUACAACAAAGCCAAAAUAUGGCAAAUUUACCCAACUUUUAUGUACAACAAAGCCAAAAUAUGGCAAAUUUACCCAACUUUUAUGUACAACAAAGCCAAAAUAUGGCAAAUUUACUUAACUUUUAUGUACAACAAAGCCAAUAUAUGGCAAAUUUACCCAACUUUUAUGUACAACAAAGCCAAUAUAUGGCAAAUUUACCCAACUUUUAUGUACAACAAAGCCAAAAUAUGGCAAAUUUACCCAACUUUUAUGUACAACAAAGCCAAAAUAUGGCAAAUUUACCCAACUUUUAUGUACAACAAAGCCAAAAUAUGGCAAAUUUACUUAACUUUUAUGUACAACAAAGCCAAUAUAUGGCAAAUUUACCUAACUGUUAUGGGUCUGAGCAAGACUUCGACCAAUCCGCAGUUCUCUAGUGAUCGACAGGUCAAGUUAAAGCAAUUUUAGUGUAUUUCAAAAUACAGUUAUUCAGUUAUUCACUUUUUCUUCAAAUGAAUUAAGCUCGAUAAAGAAGUGUUGUUGUUGUUGUUUUCUUGUUUUAAUAUGUUUGUACCUUUAAAUUGUACCUCUUUUGAAAAGUCUUGAUUAAAUUUUAUUUGUUUUACAAUACUAUUUUUUAAAUGGUUGUUUUUCGAUGAAUAAUGAUGAGGAAUUGCUAUAUUCUCGAUAUCAGGUCUGUUCGAACUGGUGUGGUCGUGAACUGGUGUGGUCGUGAACUGGUGUGAUCGUCGUUCAUGUCAUGUAAAAAACUUUUUACACACAACUAUGAAAUGUAUUUACACAAGGCUGUUUGUAAACAAGUGUUUCCAAUGAUAAUCUGCUUAGAUGACUGUUGAUCGGUAUUUGAAAGAACUAGAAUGUCUGUCUAAUUCUGCUUUACACAGGAUUUAAAUAGUGUACUCAGUAGAGUGAGAAAUUGAGUGAUUUCGAGAAACUGGGGCCUGGUUGUUGGCAUCUGUGUUCCCCUCGUUUGUAUUAUUUAUUUAUCUUGUAAGAGAUAAAAUGUUAAGACAUUUAUUCAGAAAUUGUAAUAUGUCAAAUAACUUUGUAUUUUGUUGUUAGAAAGGAUUUAAUAAAUAAAUCGAAUAUGGA